UCGAAAUCGUCAACCCUAAUGGGUAGGCUAAAAUUGGAAGAUGAAGAGGGUGAUAACUCGUUAUUGGCUACUUGUUGGGAAUCUCUCUUUGAGCUGAGGUCUUGCACUGGAGAAGUCAUUCUGUUUUUCCUUAAUGGGGAAACCUAUCUUGGACCGAGUUGUUGCCGUGCCAUCAGAACCAUUGAACACCAUUGCUGGCCUUCCAUGCUUGGCUCUCUUGGCUACACUGCUGAAGAAGGUGACAUCCUUCGUGGUUAUUGUGAUGCAGCUGAUGAACAUGAUGAUUCCGGUGGUUAUGGUUAUCCUCAGCCACCAUCUCCUCCACAUCUUGUGAAUUCUACCACAAAUUCGUCUUCCCACGUCUUGACGCCGUAGUUGAUGCUCAAUGUAUUUAUUCGAAAA